GCGGCGCUGAUGGAGCCGGGCUCGGGGCUGGCGCAGCGUAGGGCGGGGGGCGGCGGGCUGGAGCUCGGGGCGGGCUCGGCGGGGGGGUCGCCGGCUCUGUCCGGGGGGCAGGCCCGCCGCAGGAAGCAGCCGCCGCGGCCCGCCGACUUCAAGCUGCAGGUGAUCAUCAUCGGCUCGCGAGGGGUGGGCAAGACCAGCCUGAUGGAGCGCUUCACCGACGACACCUUCUGCGAGGCCUGCAAGUCCACCGUGGGUGUUGAUUUUAAAAUCAAAACAGUAGAGCUAAGAGGAAAGAAAAUUAGAUUACAAAUCUGGGACACAGCAGGUCAGGAGAGAUUCAACAGCAUUACCUCAGCUUAUUACAGAAGUGCCAAGGGAAUUAUUUUGGUGUAUGAUAUAACCAAGAAGGAAACAUUUGAUGAUUUACCAAAAUGGAUGAAAAUGAUUGAUAAGUAUGCUUCAGAAGAUGCAGAGCUUCUAUUAGUUGGAAAUAAACUGGACUGUGAAGUUGAUCGAGAGAUUACUCGACAGCAGGGAGAGAAGUUUGCACAGCAAAUAACUGGGAUGCGGUUCUGCGAAGCAAGUGCCAAGGACAAUUUUAAUGUGGAUGAAAUAUUUCUAAAGCUUGUUGAUGACAUUCUGAAAAAGAUGCCACUGGAUGUUAUAAGAAAUGAGUUGUCCAACAGUAUCCUGUCCCUGCAACCAGAGCCAGAAAUCCCACCAGAACUGCCUCCUCCAAGGCCACAUGUCCGUUGCUGUUGACUUGUUACUCCAUACAGAGUGGAAAAAUAGGAGUGGGAGGAUAAAGAAAGUAUCUGUACUACUCUGCACUACAAUCAUUUGGCAGUUUCUUGUUGCACUUUGUUAUUCGAGUCAGAGCUACACACUAACUUGUAAAUAUGCAAAUAUGCAAUCCUUUGUAGGAUUCAACUAUAUAACAUUUAAUUAUUGCCCUUGACCCUCACAAUGAUGUUUCAUUCAUUGCCCCAGUGUUAUAAAUACUGUACAGUUGGUUGAGAUUUACCACACUUCCAGUUGAGGAAAAAGGAGAAGUUAAAUCUAUACCUAUUCUUGACAUAAAUGUUGUAAUAGUUCUUGUUAUUAUAAACAGGCAGGCAGAAGCUCUUCUGGUAUGAAGAUAAGUAUAUGGUGCUUUGCUGACUAUUUUAAAGACAAUUUUUUUUUUAAACAGAGGACUUUAUGUACAAAGCUUCCAUAAUCAGCAUUAUGUUUCAUUUUAAUGUAGUGAAAACAUUUUUGGCUGUAGCAUCCUCUGCUGACUGGAUUUGUUGAAAAGCUAAGUUUAAUUUUUGGCAGCCUUAUUUAUUUUGUUUAAUGCUGAACCCAUCCUUUUUGUACUAAGACGUCACAUCUGGUGCAAAUUUGAUUGCGCUGAAAUUGCAUCUAUUUUCUGCAUAAGCAUAAACUUAAUUGCAAGAAUCAAUAAGUUUCAAUAAAAGAAUGAAGAUUAUAUUCAAAACUCUAUAAGAAGGUAUAAAAAGCAAUGCUGCUGUCCUAGACAAAUUCUUUAAAAAAACAGAAAGAUUUUCCUGUGUUAAGGAAUAUAUAUGUGUAUUUGUCUGGACAUCUCUAGGGUUGGGGGGAGGGGAAAUUAAGGUAAAAGAGGUUUUUCUUUCCUAAUAGUAGAAAUUAUUCCCAUCAAGCAAAUACUGUGUUAGAUUUUUGUCUGAUAAUGAAUUUGUGAAUUAUAUCUUUGGUAUAUCUUUUAUUAAAAUGCACUGUUUAGUUUAGCUGUGGUAAAUCGGUAGUUACAUAUUUGAAUAACUUGGUGUGUCCUGAAUGUUUGUGGUAUUGAAAAGCAUUGUGGUCUUUCUAAACUAAUGAAGUGCAAAUAAAAUUUUGUAUUUAUGAA